CUGUAUCCAGCUGGGUGGCAGGUGGAUCCAAGGGUUACCAUGAAGUUUUCAGGACCCCUGGAGAGCCAGAGGUUGUCUCUCCUUCUGGAGACGGCAAUCUCUAGGGAAGCUCAAAUGUGGAAAGCACAUGUGCCGAAAAUUCAGCCCGAUCAGGAUGUAGCCAUUUCUCCAAAGCAGAGGGAUGAGGUCAUUCAGUGGCUGGCCAAGCUCAAAUACCAGUUCCACCUUUAUCCAGAAACGCUCGCCCUGGCCAUCAGCCUCUUGGACAGGUUUUUAGCUGCAGUAAAGGCCCGUCCGAAGUACCUGAACUGUAUUGCAAUCAGCUGCUUCUUCCUCGCUGCCAAGACCAUCGAGGAAGAUGAGAGGAUUCCAGUACUGAAGGUGUUGGCUCGGGAUAGCUUUUGUGGUUGUUCUCCAGCCGAAAUCCGCAGAAUGGAGAAGAUUAUCCUGGAUAAACUGAACUGGGAUCUUCACAUGGCCACGCCACUGGAUUUCCUUCACAUCUUCCACGCAGUUGCCGUGUCCAACAGGCCUCAGCUCCUGACCACCCUGCCCAAGCUGAGCCCCUCGCAGCACGUGGCAGCGCUCACCAAGCAGCUGCUGCACUGCAUGGCCUGUUACCAGCUCCUGCAGUUCAAGGGCUCCAUGCUGGCGCUGGCCAUCGUCAGCCUGGAGCUGGAGAAGCUGCUCCCCGACUGGCUGGCUCUCGUCAUCGAGCUGCUCCAGAAGGCACAGAUGGAUAGCUCGGAGCUGAUCCACUGCCGGGAGCUGGUGGCACAUCACCUUUCCACUCUGCAGCCUUCUCUGCUGCCCAAUUCUGUAUAUGUCUACAGUCCCCUCCAGCAUACCCUGGUGACCUGUAACAGAGGAGCGUUCCAACGCCAGCCCUCCUCUGUCCCAGGGCCAGGUUUCUCCAAGGACAACGGCAGGCCAGAAGUGCCAGUCACAGGUACAGCCGCGCUCUACCAGCGUCUGCCAGCUCCCAGCGGUUGCAAGCAAGCCUCUGCCAAGCGUAAAGUGGAAGAGAUGGAAGUGGACGACUUCUACGAUGGCAUCAAGCGUCUCUACAACGAAGACAUCGCUCCGGAGGUGGCGGCUCUUGAGAGCAUGGGCUCCGUGUGCGGCGCUGAUGUCUCGAGGCAGGAGGGCAGCGUUUCCCCCUGCCCGCCUUUGCAGCCGGUGUCUGUCAUGUAGCGGGGAGCGCGCACCACCCGCUCCACCCCAGCCGCUCCGGAAACCACCCGGAACCCGGCAGCCCGCGUUCUCGGUGUGGGGGAGAAGGGGCCAUACCUUGUCAGGCUGAACUGAAGGGAGCCAAAAAACAGGAAAAAAAAAAAAAAUCCCGACCCUCGUUUGAAUCUUCUUCUUGUGCGGCUAAUUCUAGUUCCACUAUUUAAGCACUUAAAACCACAAAAAAGUAUAAAAAUCUAAAAAAAAGACCCAAAAA